CUCAUUCCACGAUCAAUGGAGGACACUUGGAGAGCCCUCCUAAACUCGCGCUUUGGUCGCUGGAUACUCGGGAUAAAAAGAUUAACAUUUCGACUCUUCGCGUGGCUGUGGACUCGUGAAGGCCCUACCAAUAAAGUCCAUCCACCUCAGAGACCCGGGCUUCAUGGCCUCAACACGGACGUCUUCUCGGAGCUAUUUUCACUGCUCAAUGGGCGGGAUCGACAAACGCUGUCCUUCGCCUCCCGCCAGCUCCGGUCCUUAUUUAUGCCCGCUCUAUUUCACCGCAUAGAGUGGGCGCCCUUGCUCAAGCACGAGCUUCCUCCGUCGUCACUAUGGCCAUACAUACGUACUUUCGUUGUGCUGGGCGACGUAUUCCCUCGUGGAUCCGACAACAGGGUUGAAUAUCAGUACACGCAGGAAGUCCAAGGUCGAAUCGCUUCACAGCUCCAGACCCUGGCUUCCAUGAUUAAUUUGGAUCAGGUCCAACUUCAUGAAAUCCCAUUUGGACCUUGGCCACAGCUUGUCUCGGUAAUCGCAUCGAAUCCAAGUGUCAAGAGGCUAGUUCUUGUAUCACCGCCCUGCAAGAACCCCAGCGUUUUUCCCCUUUCAACUGCCUCUCGACUUACACAUGUCUCAUAUAACAUUCAUCGACCUCUCAUGCCUCACCACUUUGUUUAUCAUGAACCCACUUGCCGAUACCCAGCGGACCUCGUUGUGAGUGAAGCACGUCUGGCACAAGCAUGGCUUAAUCCGCAAACUCUCGAAAAUCUAUCCAUGCCUGGCGAAUUCGUCCUCGAGGCCUUGGAUAUAACUGUUCGAUGGGAGGCGAUGAGGGAGCUUCACCUUGAAGGGGUUUUCCCUUCAAACUCUAAAGGGACCGAAGCGAUGCUUGACGUCUUACGUGCCAUGCCGCAUUUACGAGUUGCGCGUCUCAAGCUCGAACAAUCAAAGGGGGACUCUGAAUGCCGCGAAUAUGUGACGCAAGAUGCAUUGUCAAAAUUCGCCCACAAUGAGUGUCUGCUGCCUGACCUGGUGCAUUUCGAAGCGCCAAUUUCUGCUGAUGAAAACAUUCUCAGUGUUCUUCCUCCAACGUUAGAAACACUACUCCUCAUCGCAUAUCCUUUCUUCCGUUCCAUGUAUUUUGAUCGGCUCAUCCUCCCCGCUUCUACCUUGAUCCGCAUACUCUCUCAUGCCGAGUUCCCGACUCUUCGUUCGUUGGAGAUUUCCUACUCGACCAAAGCCGAUGGAGAACUAUCAGCAGAAGAGCAACUUCUCCAGAUCAUUCCUCAAAAGUUUCCUCUUUUGAAACAUCUCAUGCUCCGACGAGAUUCCAAGCGCGAUGGGCCGGACGACACCCGUUUGGCGGAUGAAUGGGACCCAACUCGUCCCUUUGGAACUCUUCUUUCUCAACUUUUCCAUCUCGAAACCUUCUCGUUCGACGCUGAUAUUCCUGGUACUCGCGAGAUGGAUGUUUUCUUCGCAAGCCGAAGUUUAGUCAACUUCACUGCGUCGCAGGCUUACGUUGAUAUACUAGUUCCUAGACUAGCUGAACAGAGAGCUCGUCCUUCUAUGCUUCGCACGAUCUCGGUCUAUAUGUUCACGAGUGGACCGACGCUGCACUACCCAUGGGGCCCAUGGUUGAUCUGGGACAUUGUGCCAGUGAGGCUCGGCGGAGAACUUGAAUACCAAGUCCGUUACCGCAAAGCCCCAAGUAUUUCUGCAUACAGGUAUUAG